CUACACCAGGCUCACCGCAAAGCAGAGGGAUGGUGAUCCUAUUGACGUCAAUGGUGGCAUCUGUUCUCUGGGUUGCCAUUAACUUUCUGAGCGAAUGGCUUUUGCGAUGGCGCUCUCCUCCUGGAACCAGGCUGCCGCCUAUUCCUCCCGCGACCAGCAUCCGAGGACACGUCGAAGUCCACCGCCAUGACUUCUACCGGAAGAAAGCCCUCGAAUGGGCCAAGGUGCACGGACCAGUGAUCAGGCUCAAAGUAAAUUUCAUGAACGUUGUCAUCCUCAACGACUUCGACAGCAUCAAGAAAUUUUUGAACACAAAGGAACUGCUAUGGCGUUCAUCCACUUUUGUUGGUUAUCGGGACUUCUACAAAGGUGUGGGUUCCCUGAAUGGGGAGGCUUGGUCAGCAAACAGGAAAUUCUGUUUGAGUAUGUUGCGGGACUUGGGUUUUGCAAAGACUGCUAUGGAGGACCGCAUGAUGGAAGAGUUCGGCCGCGUCGCUGACAGCAUUGGUGAGACUGGUGGAAGGCCGCUUAGCGUGAGCGACUACGUCAUGCCGUGCGCCUUCAACAACAUUGUGUCGUUCUUCUACGGCCGCCAGUUGACGCACGACCACCCGACUCGCCGCGAGCUCCACUGCGUGAUGAAGCGAGUGAGCCUCGCCAUGUACUCGGGGUCCUUUCAUCAAUUCCUACCAUGGAAGCUGCGCAAGCUGCUCUCAUACCUUCCUUUCACCAGAAACUAUCGCAUCAAGGAAUCCUUGGCGCAACUAGAAGCCGUUUCAGAGAAGCAAGUUGAAGAAUCCCAGGCGGCGAAGUUUGGAGACGAAUGCAAAGACUUUAUUCAAGGAUAUAUGAAGAAGAUAGAAGAAAGCAGAGGGGAAUCAAAUCCCUUAUUUACUGACCGCUACCUUGUUGGAAACGUAAAUUCCUUCCUCAUGGGUGGUACCUUCAGCACAACCAGUACGAUGAUGUGGCAGAUGCUGAACUUUGCGAGGUACCCCGACACGGUCCAAGCGCGGGUGCAGCGUGAAAUUGAUGACGUAGUCGGCCACGAUCGCCAGCCAACCUGGGAGGACCGGAAGCAGAUGCCGUACACGUUGGCCUGCGUCUGGGAAGCGGACCGAUGGAAGACCGCUGGCCCGCUUGGCCUUCCGAGAGAGUGCGCAGAGGAUGUCGUGGUUGGUGACUUCUUCCUACCGAAGGGCUCGGUUGUUCUCCCGAAUAUUUGGGCGGUUCACAACGACCCAACUCUUUGGAAAGAACCUACAAAAUUUUACCCGGAACGCUACCUGAAUGAAGAUGGGACAUUGUUUUCGCAUAAGCCCGAACAUUUGAUACCCUUUUGCAUCGGCCGUCGAGCUUGCCCAGGAGACAUCUUCGCCACGAUGGAGAUAUUCCUCUUGGUCACGUUCCUGCUUCAGAAGUAUCACAUCGUUCCUGAGAAGCCAAUUGACUGUGACUUGGACUCCCCUGACAUCGAGCUCUCGCACGUCACUCACAUCAAACUGCGCUUUUUACCAAGACACACGUCGGCGUCCUAAAGGAGUCUGCUAUGUUUAUAUACAUUUUUUGCCAUAGACGCUAAGGGCCCAUUUCGGAAAGCAGAGAAUUCAUUUUGACACCUCUCUGAAAUAUCUUCCUGCCUGUGCUCCUUGUACAAGCGUUGUGCUAACUGGUAGUCGUUUGUUUGCUGGUUCAACUUCAAGGGAAUCCCACUGCCCACAGAUCAAGAUCCCUAACCAAGGGCACUAUAACGUAAAGCUAUUCCAAACUUUUUUAUUCAAAUUCGGCAGUCAGUCCUCCAUGAUUGGGCAACAAAUUUCCCGGCCGCCCCUACUUCGCCUGUCUCUCACGUGAAGUCACGAAAACCGCGAAAAUGUCCCAUCUGAUAUAUGCGCACACUGAUUAUGCAUGAUUAGACCAAAUGAAAGUAAAAUAAUUAUUUUUGAUUCGACGACUUUUCCGCCAUAAUGCUCUCCCAUUGAUCAAACGUUGUCGGGCUGCGCCCACUUCGCCUGUCCAUCACGCGACUUCACAGAAUCGCGAAAAGUCACCUCGUGAAAUAGGCGUGACGCAUUAAUAUGCCGAACAAAACUGAAUUUUUGUUUCUAUAUAGCCGGGCAGCGCCCUGUUCCGAAUGGAAUAGAAGAUGGCUGCUCGCCGAUUUCUAUGUUUUGAUGUUUCUAUGGAAAAAUUGGUUUUGGUUAAGGCACUCCUUUUUCACCACCUAUGGUGUCCGUACUGCGGUCGUGUCACUACCAAAAGUUUGGCUGGGAGUAAACCUUUUUAUCACACUACCUUACGGAAUCGGAUAAACAGUGCCCAUAAAAGCUACUUGGCUUGUACCAAUUCGUAGAAUCCUAUAAAUGCUUCAUGACAACUCCAGAGAACAUGUAGGCGGCUUUCAACAGACUAGACAUAUGGAAUCUACAAAAGCAGCUGCCUAAUCUUCAUAUAAUACGGCACUUAGAAGUAGACAGAGCUAAAGUGGAUUUGCAUCUGCCGUAGUGAAAUAGGAGAUAAGUUGCCUCAGGUGAAAGGAGCACUAUACCAAGCAGUUGCCAAAAAUGUGAAGCAUGCUGCAAAUACGUAUACAAAAAUUAAAGGCAUGGUAACUAAAUUGUUGCCACAUCCUUAACCGAUUACACUACAAUCAUGUGUAAAUAAGUAUGACGACACAUGUCAUACUUGUCUUGGGCAGUGGAUGCAAGGUUCAGAUUGCAGAUUUGAAUACACUAGACUGUAGAGCCGAAAAGUCAGACUUCUAUCGCAAAUCUGCAAAGCCGGAACUUUUCUGUGUGCAUUUUUGCUACAUAUAAAAAAGUGUACGCCAAUGCGA